AUGUAUAAUAGUUUUAUCAGGUCACCGAGUCCCAUACGACGAGUGAAUUCAAUUGUAUCUCGAGUUCAACAAACUUGUAUACCUAAAAGCUCUCGCAGUUUUCAUAAAGCUACUACCUCUACAACAAGACGAUUAUUUACACCUUCAAUUACCAAAACAUUUCAAAAUAAUUCAUAUAAUGCUAUCCCACCAACUUCUAUAGGCGCAUUUACUUCACCUUACUUACGGUCUUUUCGACCAACGACAACUCGAAUAUCUUAUCAUUUUUAUAGUACAGUUACAGCCCAACGUAACAAUAAUGACGGUCGUGUAAUCAAAGAGGUUAACGAAGUGAUAUUGAGCGACGUGCCUAUGGUUGACGUUAAAAAAGUACUUGUUGUAGGAUCUGGUGGUCUAUCUAUCGGCCAAGCUGGUGAAUUCGAUUAUUCUGGUUCGCAAGCCAUUAAAGCUUUACAAGAAUCAGGAAUCCACACAGUUUUGGUUAAUCCAAAUAUCGCGACCAUCCAAACAUCACAUGCCUUAGCAGACACCGUCUACUUCCUUCCUGUUACGGUGGAAUAUCUCACUCACAUUCUUGAACGUGAAAGGCCGGAUGGAAUUUUAUUAACCUUUGGAGGUCAAACAGGGUUGAACGUUGGUAUGAAAUUGGAUCAAAUGGGUGUUCUUUCCCGAUUGGGUAUUAAGGUUUUAGGUACUCCAAUUCGAACAUUGGAAGUGAGUGAAGAUAGAGAUCUUUUUGCACAAGCUUUGAAAGAAAUUGAUAUUCCCGUUGCUGAAUCAACUGCGGUUUCCACACUCGACGAUGCUCUUGCAGCUGCCGAACAAAUCGGUUACCCUGUAAUCAUUCGAUCAGCUUUCUCACUUGGAGGACUUGGUUCUGGUUUUGCAAAUAAUCCUGAAGAACUUCAUAGUUUAGCCGCCAAAUCCUUAGCAUUGUCACCACAAAUUCUUGUUGAGAAAUCAAUGAAAGGAUGGAAAGAAGUAGAAUAUGAAGUCGUUCGUGAUGCAGCAAAUAACUGUAUUACAGUAUGUAAUAUGGAAAAUUUUGAUCCUCUUGGUGUUCAUACCGGUGAUUCCAUUGUGGUCGCCCCAAGUCAAACUUUGAGUGAUGAAGAAUAUCAUAUGCUUAGAACUGCGGCCAUCAAAAUCAUCCGUCAUUUGGGUGUCGUUGGUGAAUGCAAUGUUCAAUACGCUUUAAAUCCUUACAGUCUCGAAUACAAAGUUAUUGAAGUAAAUGCUCGUCUCAGUCGUAGCUCAGCUCUCGCUUCUAAAGCUACUGGAUAUCCCCUUGCUUUCAUUGCUGCCAAAAUUGCUCUAGGACACACCCUUCCAGAACUCCGUAAUGCUGUGACUAAAACCACUACCGCUUGUUUUGAACCAUCUUUGGAUUAUAUUGUUACAAAGAUUCCAAGGUGGGAUUUAAGCAAGUUCCAACAUGUUAAUCGUGAAAUUGGUAGUUCCAUGAAGAGUGUCGGUGAAGUCAUGGCUGUCGGUAGAACGUUUGAAGAAAGUUUACAAAAGGCCAUUCGACAAGUUGAUCCUUCAUUUAGUGGUUUCCAAUCUUUACCGUUCCCUGAACUUGACAAGUCUCUUUCCGUUCCAACUGAUCGCCGUCUAUUCGCUAUUGGUCAUGCUAUGCUCGAAAAGAAUUAUACUAUCGAUCAAAUCCAUAACCUUACAAAGGUUGAUAAAUGGUUCCUUUACAAAUUGGGUAACAUCGUAAAUGUCCAACAUGACAUCAAACAUGCUGAAAAACUUGAAAAUGUCUCCAAGGAGUUAUUACAAGAAGCUAAAAAGAAAGGUUUCUCAGAUUCACAAAUUGCUGCAUUGUUGACAGACGCCACUGAGGACCAAGUGCGCAAAGUUCGAAAAGGUCAUGGAAUCACACCAUUUGUCAAGAGAAUUGAUACUGUUGCUGCCGAAUUCCCUGCUCAAACAAAUUAUUUAUAUACCACAUAUAAUGCAUCAACGCAUGAUUUAGAUUUCAAUGAUAAUGGAACCAUGGUUUUGGGUUCGGGUGUUUAUCGUAUCGGAUCCUCUGUCGAAUUUGACUGGUGCGGUGUAUCAGCUAUUCGCGGUCUUCGAAAGAUGGGUUUAAAGACCGUCAUGGUUAAUUACAAUCCAGAGACAGUUUCUACAGAUUUUGAUGAGUGUGACAGAUUAUAUUUUGAGGAACUUUCAUAUGAACGUGUUAUGGAUAUUUAUGAACAAGAGGCUGCUAAAGGAGUUAUUGUUUCCGUGGGUGGACAAUUACCACAGAAUAUCGCACUCAGAUUACAUCAAAAUGACGUUAAGAUUUUGGGAACAAGUCCUGUUAGUAUUGAUAAAGCUGAAGAUCGAUUUAAAUUCUCUCAAAUAUUGGAUCAAAUUGGAGUGGAUCAACCUGAAUGGAAAGAACUUUCAAGUGCUGAGGAAGCUGAGAAAUUCGCUGAUAAAGUUGGCUAUCCAGUUCUCGUUCGUCCAUCAUACGUACUUUCUGGGGCUGCUAUGAACGUGUGUUAUACAAAGGAAUUUUUACAUAAGAAUCUUUCCGAGGCAACAUCUGUUUCGCCAUUGCACCCGGUAGUCAUUACUAAAUUCAUCUCACCUGCUGCAGAAAUUGAUAUUGAUGCUGUUGCUCACAAGGGCAAGCUUUUGGUUCACGCCGUAUCUGAACACGUUGAAAAUGCUGGUGUUCAUUCUGGAGAUGCUACUUUGGUAUUACCACCCCGUGAUAUUAAUGAUUCCACCAUGGCUAGAUUGAAGGAAAUUGCCGAAAAGGUCGCCAAAGCUUUCGAAAUAACGGGACCUUUUAAUAUGCAAAUUAUCAAAAAAGACAAUCCCAAUGGGGAAUCAGAAUUGAAAGUUAUUGAAUGCAACCUCCGUGCUUCUCGAUCAUUCCCAUUCGUGUCAAAAGUACUUGGUAGAGAUUUCAUUGAUACAGCAACCAAAGCUUUGUGCGAUAAGGAUGUUCCAGAACCAGUUGAUUUAAUGGCUGAUAAGAAAGAUUAUCAAGCAGUUAAGGUACCACAAUUCUCAUGGACACGUCUUCAAGGUGCUGAUCCAUUCCUUGGAGUUGAAAUGGCAUCAACAGGAGAAGUUGCAUGCUUUGGUAAAGACAAAUACGAAGCAUAUUGGUCAGCAAUUCAAUCCACACAAAAUUUCCGAGUACCAAAACCUGGUAGUGGUAUUUUGAUUGGAAAAGAUGACCGAACUGAUUCGGAAGAUUUCCUUGCAGUAGCACGCACACUUUCCAAAGAUUUAAGACAUCCACUUUAUACAAGUUCACCAAAAGUUACAGAAUUUUUGGCACAAAAUAACGUUGAAGCCACAACAUUACACUUACCAGAACAGAAUAAGAGAGCACUUCAACAAGUAUUCCAAAACAAUAAAAUCGAUUUUGUAUUCAACCUUGCACAAUUGAGAGCUUCAGUAGUAACAGAUGAAAAUUAUAUUGCAAGAAGAUCUGCAGUAGACUUUGGCAUACCGUUAGUUAAUGAUAGUAAAUGUGCAAGAUUAUUCGUAGAAUCUAUUAAAAGAAAGAGGCAAGAAUUGGGAAGUUUAAAUGGUGAAAUUCCUGCUGAAGUUAAAAGUUGGUCAGAAUUUGUUGGAGGAAGAUAUUGUUAA